ACGUCUUUCGACACCUCUCUCGCCACUUUAGUCAACAUCCAUCUGACCUUCCUCAUUCUCUCUCGAGACCAGCUGCAUCAUGCCCGCCUUUAUGAGUGGGAACGCCGGGAGUGGCGUGGAAAGUGAACUUCAACAGAGACGAGCUGCUUUGGCAACGGCUAAACCCGGAGCGGCGGGUCUAGUCCGUAAUGGCCGAACGACUGCCAUCGCCGUCUUCGCCAGUAUGGGAGGAUUGAUUUACGGAUACAAUCAAGGCAUGUUUGGUCAGGUCCUUUCGAUGAACUCGUUUGGACGCGCUUCCGGAACCAACGGUAUUAGCAACCCUACACUUGCUGGACUCCUCACCUCUAUUCUCGAGCUUGGAGCUUGGGUCGGUGUACUGUUCAAUGGAUACUCUGCCGAUCGCCUCGGUCGAAAACUCUCGGUAGUCUUGGCAUGCUUCUUGUUCAUCAUCGGUGUCAUCGUCCAAGCCUGUGUCCGAGGUGGCAACUAUGACUACAUCCUCGGCGGAAGAUUCGUCACUGGUCUCGGUGUCGGAUCUCUCUCCAUGAUCGUACCGCUUUACAAUGCAGAGGUAGCCCCUGCCGAGAUUCGAGGAGCUCUUGUGGCCCUCCAACAGCUGGCUAUCACUUUUGGAAUCAUGAUCAGUUAUUGGAUCACGUACGGUACCAACUACAUUGGAGGUACCGGUGACUCCCAGAGCCGUGCAGCAUGGCUCGUACCGAUCACCAUCCAGAUAUUGCCCGCCAUCAUCCUCGGCGUCGGCAUCAUGUUCCUUCCCCAAUCCCCUCGAUGGUUGAUGGACCAAGGUAGAGACGAUGAAUGUCUGGCUGUCCUUGCAAACCUCAGACGACAGCCCGUGGACGCUCCCAUAGUCCAGCUAGAGUAUUUAGAGAUCAAGGCUCAGAAAUUGUUCGAAAAGCGCAUCUCGGAACACGACUUCCCUCACCUGCAAGAUGGAUCCAGCAAGAGCAACUUUUUGCUCGGCGUCAAUCAGUACAAGAGCCUGAUCACGAAUCGUACCAAUUUGAAGCGCACAGCCGUAGCUGUAUUGAUUAUGGUAUUUCAACAGUGGACAGGGGUCAACUUCAUCCUUUACUACGCUCCGUUCAUCUUCGAGGGCUUGAGUCUCGGCGGCAACACCACCUCGCUGCUCGCAUCCGGUGUCGUUGGUAUCGUCAUGUUCCUCGCCACUAUCCCUGCGGUACUCUAUCUCGACAGCUGGGGAAGAAAACCGGUUCUGAUCUCAGGCGCCAUCUGGAUGGGGAUCUGUCAUUUCGUUGUGGCGGGUAUCAUCGGACAAUUCAACAGUGACUGGCAACUUGACCCCAUUCCAUCCAGCGCAAAAAGUGCCGGCUGGGCCGCAGUGGUGUUCAUCUGGCUCUUUGCCAUUGGCUUUGGAUACUCUUGGGGACCAACUGCUUGGGUCAUCGUGGCAGAAGUCUACCCACUUGGCCUCAGAGCCAAGGGAGUGUCGAUCGGUGCUUCCAGCAACUGGCUCAACAACUUUGCUGUGGCCAUGAGCACGCCAGACUUCGUAGCGGCUGCUCCCUAUGGCGCCUACAUCUUCCUGGGACUGAUGUGUGUCCUUGCGGCGGCUUACGUAUUUUUCCUGGUGCCCGAAACGAAAGGCCGAACUUUGGACGAAUUGGACGAGAUCUUUGGCGACAAGAGUGGCCGAUCGACUUGGGAAGCCAAGGAGAUGCUCCAAGCUCAACGAGAUGUGGGCUUGCUCGAGUUCCUCGACAUUCGAGGACCUUCGCCCGUCAGCGGCGAAAAAGGCCACCCUACGAAGGGGAAUGUCACCGUUCGGGAGGAUGCUGGCGUGCGCGAGAAGGGUCAGAAUGUGGUGACGCAGUAGACAAGCUGUUUUUGAGCCCUGUGAUUGUCCAUCCCGUCCGUCUCGAAUCCUGCCCUUCUUUUCCUUCAGUGAAAGUGAAAGCCUUUGCGCAUAUAGUGCUUGCUCUUGAUGAUUGUACAGUACAUGUAUGCAGAGUCGACAUGUACAAGACGCA